UAUGUCUUUGAUCAGGGUACCAAGAAUAGUCGUUGAGCCCCCAGGGAAAGACGCUAGUGUGAACCUUCGGUGCGAAGCCGACUUAGUCAAUCCAAGUAUGCAGUCAUGGUACAAUGUUUCGUAUCUGUUUACUUGGUAUAUGGAAGGAAAACAUAUAUUCACCGAUGACAUUUGUGGACCAUUAGCGCCUGGAAGAACUGAAUAUGACUCCGUAUGCCCUGGGAAACCAUUAUUUUCUCGACUAGAGGGCAGCAAGAAAUAUUAUAAACCAAACCGAUUGAUAUCCUGCAAAGUAACUGCACGGUAUACUACAUCACCUUGGAAUAUUUGGAGCACUCCCAAGGUUGUUCCGUUUCCUUUCUUUGCAGGUAUAAAGGUUGAACCAACUGUACUAACUCUCACGGAAUGCUCCCUUGACAAAACUUAUCUCACUAUAACGCCAACUAUACCCAUUCUCAGAAGUCAGUUCGCAAGUGGCCUAGACAUUGGUUUUUGGCUACCAGCUGGUAUUAGACUGAGCAAUGGCGGAUGUAAAAUUACAUUAGAGGGCCUUAAAUCUAAAAGAGUGCGUCUGAUUACCGAAUGCAAAAGCUUCCGUAGUCCCAAUUCAGAUAAACUGAUCUAUGCAGAAAUACAAAAUCCACACAGUGAAUUUUGGAACUCAGCAAUCCACCUACCCGCUAUUUGGGUUUCUGUGAUAGACGAAUCGGACAACAUUGGUUCUUGUAGUACGACUGGGGAUCCACAUUACGGUUCACUUUUCCGGUCUUCUAUCACCUUUAUGGGACACGGAGAUUUUAUCCUCUAUCGCAAUGCAGAACGUAAUUUUGAGGUACAUACAAGGCAAUGGGUCUGUUCAGAAUCUGCGACCACCUGUAACUGUGGGGCUGUUCUUCGAGAUCACAAUGAUGUUAUUGAGUUCAACUGCAGCAAUGAAAACCGUUAUUUUGAUAGAACAACCCCAAUACGAGUUAAAGUACGCAGCAAAAAACGACUGGCACCUGGACUAUCAAUCUCACAAACCAUACCAGGAAUCAAUAGCAGAUAUGUGAUUUUGUUCCCUUCAGGAGGAAAAGUAACUAUCGACCGAUAUUCGUGGGGGCUCGAUGUCCACAUUACGGUCCCCCGGGCAAAAAGUAUUUCCAAUGAAACCGGUCUAUGUUUGUAUAAUAACGAGCCAAACGUAACAAGUUUUGCAAAGGGGUUCAGUUUGGAACCCUCGGAGAGCUACUUUAACAGACUGCCGGAUCCAGUUAAUGACAGUGCUGUGGAAUACGAGAUUCCUUGCUCUUGUAACAGAAAAGACGAGAAUGGUACUGCAGAGUGUAUUAAAGAACUCCCAGUGUACUUUCCCAAUGUCAUGGAUGGAACUGGGAAUGUAAUACUUCUCACAGGAAACUCCAACAAGAAAAAGAGGGACACACAUAUCUCGGACGAUCUCACGGACAAAGACUACGCGCUAUUUAAGGGCUUGAUAGGCUCAAACAAGUCACAUAGACGUAGACGUGCUUUGUAUAGCAAGCGUAAAUUUACAAUGGAAAAUGCAACAGAUUACUGCAUGGAAAAGGUGUCAAAAACAGACAUUGGUAACUUAUGCGCAAUACUGGGAGUAAAUGUUUCGGAAAUCAUUACUUCUUGUUCCAUCGACUUGAAGGCGAGUGGUGACCCAGCCUUUGCGAUUUCUGCAAUAUCAGUACUUCUGAAUAAUUGCGGUGAAAUUGUUGCCAGAAACCUUUCAUUGUAUUCUAAGGAGAGUAAUGUCAACACACAAGGCAAUUCCAGUUCGUCCAUCUUGACUAACAUUGCUCAAAAAAUGUGUCCAAAUGAUUGCUCGUUGAAUGGCAAAUGUGUUAAUGCCUCCUGCAUCUGUAACGAGGGAUUUACCGCAAAGGAUUGCGCAAUGUCACUUGGAAACGCACCUUUCAUAUCUAUGUUACAAGGAAGUGGUCUCUGUGAUAAGCGCCAACGGCCAUGCAAGAAGGUGACUGUGAUGGGAAAUGGCUUCAUCAACUCGACAAACGUAACUUGUCACGUGAAAGAAUACAAGGUAAUAAAUAGCUCGUGGACUCCAGACAAAACAAUCCAGCGAUUCCCUGGCGUUAUGACAGAUUUGGUAUUGGUAGAAUGUCAUUUGCCUGAUUCGCCCGUCAAGCACAAUUUCUUUGAUGACACCGUUGAAGGAACUCCUGCAGCAGGACUCUCAAUAUCGGUUUCAAAUGACGGCGCAAACCCAAGUCAUGAUGAGUUGUCAUUUAUAUCAUACGACUCUGGAUGCAUGAGUUGCAAUAUUUCUUCAGGAUGCCUUGUUAAAAGUAAUUCUUGCUUGAUAAAUCAAUAUUGCUUCGCCGCAAACGAAAUGAACCCCACUGAUUUCUGUUCUCAAUGUCUUCCGGAGAUCAGCAAAAACACAUGGACAAAACGACAAGUAAACCUUGCCCCAAAAUUUGCAUCAACCUCUCAGUAUUACGCGGUGUUUCAAGAAACUCUGGAGUUGCCUAUUGACGUUCUGGAUCCAGAAGGCAUGCCUCUAGUAGUUUCUCUCGUGAAUGGAGGUCCAACUCAGGCUAUCAUACAACAAAACGUUUUGAUAUGGAAUGCGACUAAAGAUAUCAUGACCCAUUUCUUACUCAAAGCUACUGAUGCCUGUCAGGCCGUUUCUUCGCACAAUAUCACCGUAUCUUUAGUCAACUGCCAAUGUCAAAACCAUGGAAGAUGCGUUCCUCAUCCAGAUAAACCAAGAGGAUCGGGUUAUUAUGAGUGCCAUUGCCUUCCUGGAUUUACAGGAGACAAGUGUGAGACAGACAUCAACGAGUGUGAAUUAUACCCAUGUUUAAGAGGUCGUUGCGUUGAUGGAGUGAAUAAUUUCACCUGCAUCUGCUAUCCAGGAUAUGUUGGAAGGACAUGCAAUGAAAAUUAUGACGACUGCAGUUCUUUGCCGUGCAUUCAUGGUAACUGCACUGACUAUGUUAAUGCAUAUGGAUGCAGUUGUGAGCCUGGAUACACAGGGAAGAACUGUAGCAUUGACAUCGAUGACUGCCAGGCAUCCCCUUGCAAGAAUGGAACAUGUUAUGAUGCUCUUAAUGGGUACACUUGCCAAUGCAACGAUGGUUUCACCGGUUAUGACUGUAAUGUAAACAUUGAUGAAUGCAAGUCUAACCCGUGCAUCUACGAAUGUUGUUACAGAUUGCGUAGAGCGACGAUUAAUACAAAAUGCCACAACACUUAUUACAACCCGCCGUCCAGUUAGCCCAAUGGCUAGUACGCUGGGCUGUUGUGUGGGAGGCCGGUCGAGGGUUCGAGGCCCGGCUGGACAACCACUCAAGGUCU